UUGUUUCAAGUGUGUAUGACCAAUCACCAGGUUAUUAAUCACUAUGAAAGUUUUUUAACAGUUCUGUUCUUCUAAAAUAAUACAAAUCAUUCUUCCCGUUAACUCAUGCGUCACUAAUGCACAUAAUUUAAUCCGACUAGCAAAUAGCACAUCCAUAUAAAAUAGCUGCACGUAUUCCUACAAAGCUCAGUGCAUGCAUAGAUAUAUGUAUCAGCUCCGUUCAUGAAUUCUUUGUGUGGGUUUAAAGAGAUUUAGUUUGAUUCGUUAAAAAGUAAUAAGUAGAAGGUGCAAUAGGUGCACGAGGGGAGAUUUGCUUAUACAGGUUUUUUUGUGAAUUAUACUACAUGCAGUCCAUUCAAUACAGGCAAUUUAAUAGUCAGGUUUUGCAUACAGGUGUCAAAUAUCAUUUCUGGAGAGCAACGUGAAUCUUGUACAUUUCUAAAGACAUUCUUUAAAUUGAGUUUAUUAAAUAGAAUUGUGUUUUAGCAUCACGAAGGCCAGUUUAUUUAUUAAAAAGUGUCUAAUCAAUCGAGUUACCAUACUAUGUAUGGCAUUUGUGUGCGAUUAGUCAAGUUAGUUUGUGUGUUUUAAGUGUGCAUUUACAUUCUCUGUCGUUAAUAUUUAUAUUAACUACCGUUCCUAAAGUUUUCGCAAUGGGUAAUUGUUGGUCACAUUUCCAAGUGGCAGUAAAGGAAUGCUGUUGUGGAUGUUGUGAGGAAGAUUGUUUUGGAUGUAGCGUUAAAGAAUUACCGGAAGGAGAAAUAAUUCACCUCCCUGAACUGCCAAAAGAUUUAGAUGAUGGUAAUAUUGAUAUUCUGAAAGUGUUCAAAGUGGACCUUAUUUGCAAGGAGAAUGGCCCAAUCCACCAAACCGAAAAAUAUGAUCUCAUGCUCUCAAAGCCAGAUCAAACCAACAAAUUGGUUAUUCGUCGAGGGCAAGAAUUUUGGAUUAAGAUAUUUUUUAAUCGACCCUAUAGCAAAGAUACGGACGGGAUAUCAUUCGUCUUCUCAAUUGUCGAUGGAAAGCCUUCAUUAUCUCAUGGCACGUUAGUACUAGUGCCACUACUGUCAAAAGGGAGUUUGCUCUUUGAAAAGACUCCCACGUGGACAGCUUACAUUGACGAAAUCGAUGAGAAUGCAAUUAAGGUUCAGUUCAAAACGUCUGCAACUUGUUCUGUUGGAAAAUGGAAACUCGCAAUAGACACGAAACGACGGGAUGAUCAAACCGCAGUCAGCUACUCUUUGGAUAACCCCAUUUAUAUUCUUUUUAACCCCUGGAAUGCAGAUGAUGAAGUUUACAUGGAAGAAGAUGAGCUUCGCCACGAGUGCGUUUUGGAAGACAGUGGUUUAAUUUGGAGAGGAAGCCACACCCGACUUCGCCCCACGCCAUGGGCAUACUCGCAAUUUGAAAAGGACGUUUUGGAUUGUGCUCUGUACAUUCUCAGUGGUCCAAGUCGUCUGAGCUCCACCGCUCGUGCCGACCCUGUUAAAUGCGUCAGAGCCAUUUCAGCAGCUGUAAACUCUCCAGAUGAAGACGGAGUGGUUGAGGGAAAUUGGUCUGACAAAUUUGAUGGAGGCGUCCCACCAAUCAAUUGGACUGGAAGCCUCAAAAUUUUACGAAAAUACUACUCUAGCAAGAAGCCAGUGAAGUUUGGACAAUGCUGGGUUUUUGCAGGCGUUGUUACAUCAAUUUGCAGAGCGAUUGGAAUUCCAUGCAGGCCUGUUACUAAUUAUCAGUCUGCCCAUGAUACUCAAUCUUCCGUAACGGUGGACUACUUUCUGGAUGAUGAUGGGAAACCAAUUGAGAAAUUGAAUACAGAUUCUGUGUGGAACUUUCAUGUGUGGAAUGAGGCGUGGAUGUUGCGAACAGAUUUGGGCGACAGCUCGGAAACAGCCGGAUGGCAAGUUAUCGAUGCAACGCCACAAGAGAAAAGUGAUGAAAUGUAUCAAUGUGGUCCAGCAUCGGUUUUAGCUGUAAGAAGAGGAGAAAUAAAGCGGCCAUUUGAUGGCACCUUUGUGUUCAGUGAGGUCAAUGCUGAUAAAGUAUACUGGCAUUUCCGAGGGCCCAACCGCCCAUUAAAAUUGCUGGGAACGAAGCAAGAUGUGAUUGGGAUGCUAAUUAGUACAAAAGCGGUAGGAAAAUUUGAUCGCGAUGACAUUACGCAUACGUACAAAUAUCCAGAAAAAUCAUCAAAAGAAAGAGAAGCUAUGCUAAAUGCCUUGAGAACGAGUGAGAGUUUGUUCAGCAGAUAUUACCUUAACGAGGAUUUUAAUGACGUCAGAUUCGAUUUCCCGGAAAUUCAAGAUGACAUCGUAAUUGGGUCAUCCUUCAAAGUUAGGCUGAUUGUCACGAAUGUAAACGAAGAGAAAGAAUACGAUGUGACGGCAUCAUUAAGGGUGGACACAAUGCUUUAUACGGGAAAAGUGAAAGCAGAAGUUAAAAAAGAGGUUUUCCUCUUCACCAUCCCACCAAAAUCUAAGGAGGAAAUAAGCAUGGAAAUUACUUACAACGACUAUGCCCCCAAGUUGUGCAAUCAGUGUGCAUUUAAUGUCGCAUGUCUUGCUAGCGUUGAUGAAACGGACUAUGAGUAUUUUGCGCAGGAUGAUUUUAGGGCGAGAAAACCUGACAUCAAAUUUGACAUACGAAAUGUUGAUGGUCUCAUUGUGGGUCAACCAUUCAAGGGGACGGUUAAACUAAAGAAUCCUUUACCCGUGCCAUUAACUAAGGGUCAAUUCUUAAUUGAAAGCCCUGGACUUGGAGAACCGUUAAAACUUAACGUUAAAGAAAAAGUAGAACCAGGAGAAAGCGCAACUGCGGAUUUCCAACUAGUGGCCCAACUAGACGGAGAGAAAACUAUUUCUGCAAAGUUUAAUUCUCGUGAGUUGGAUGAUGUCGAUGGGUUUGUCAAAAUCACUAUUGGUCUAAGCAAUGAAAUAAGUAAUGAAAUUACUAGUGUAUGAGUCCGUUGCUUUAAAUGUACUUAUUUUUAAAAUUUUAUUGUUCUCAUUUUAAAUGUAUAAAAUAAACAAUACAACAAAAAUA